AUGGAGCCUUUUACAGCCAGGGACAAAGUCCUGCCCAGACUAAAGCCCAGGUGGCUGGUACUGCAGCUGGUACCCAAGUUCUGGCCCUCCUGGGGUUCCAGCCUGCCCAGAGUCCUAGCUUUGCCGCCCUCCCGCCACCCCACAGGCAUGCAGGGGGCCUGGGUGCUACUGCUGCUGCUGCUGGGCCUGAGGCCACCGCUGGCCCUCGGCAUCAUCCCAGUGGAGGAGGAGGACCCAGCCUUCUGGAACCGCCAGGCAGCACAGGCCCUGGACACCGCGAAGAAGCUGCAGCCCAUCCAGACAGCUGCUAAGAACCUCAUUCUCUUCUUGGGGGAUGGGAUGGGGGUGCCCACAGUGACAGCCACUAGGAUCCUAAAGGGGCAAAUAAAUGGCAAACUGGGACCUGAGACACCCCUGGCCAUGGACCACUUUCCGUACCUGGCUCUGUCCAAGACGUACAACGUGGACAGACAGGUGCCAGACAGCGCAGGCACAGCCACAGCCUACCUGUGCGGGGUCAAGGCCAACUUCCAGACCAUUGGUGUGAGUGCAGCCGCCCGCUUCAACCAGUGCAACACAACGAGGGGCAAUGAGGUCACUUCCGUGAUGAAGCGGGCCAAGAAAGCAGGGAAGUCAGUCGGGGUGGUGACCACCACGAGAGUGCAGCAUGCCUCCCCAGCUGGCACGUACGCCCACGUAGUGAACCGCAACUGGUACUCAGACACCGACAUGCCCAACAAGGCACGGGAGGAUGGAUGCCAGGACAUCGCCCAGCAGCUCAUCUCCAACGUGGACAUUGAUGUGAUCCUGGGCGGAGGCCGAAAGUACAUGUUCCCCAAGGGGACUCCAGACCCUGAGUAUCCAAGUGACACCAGACAGAAUGGAGUCAGGUCGGAUGGGCGGAACUUGGUGCAGGAGUGGCUGGCCAAGUACAAGGGUGCCCGGUAUGUGUGGAAUCGCUCGGCGCUCAUGGAGGCAUCCCAGGACCCCUCUGUAACACAUCUCAUGGGCCUCUUUGAGCCGGGAGACACAAAGUAUGAGAUCUACCGAAACACCACCCAGGACCCGUCCCUGAUGGAGAUGACAGAGGUGGCAGUGCGCCUGCUAAGCAGGAACCCCCGUGGCUUCUACCUCUUCGUGGAGGGAGGCCGCAUCGACCACGGUCAUCAUGACGGCACGGCUUCUCUGGCACUGACCGAGGCGGUCAUGUUUGAUUCCGCCAUCGACAAGGCCAGCCAGAUCACAAGCGAGCAGGACACCCUGACCCUUGUCACCGCUGACCACUCUCACGUCUUCUCUUUUGGUGGCUACACACUGCGAGGGAGCUCCAUUUUCGGGCUGGCCCCCAGCAUAGCCCUAGACCUCAAGACCUACACCUCCAUCCUUUACGGCAACGGCCCCGGCGGCCUAUACGCGCUCACGGAGAGCUCCCGGCCCAACGUCAACCACAGCCAGAGCGGGGACCCCACUUACAAGCAGCAGGCCGUGGUGCCCCUUGACUCCGAGACUCACGGCGGCGAGGACGUGGCGGUGUUCGCGCGCGGCCCGCAGGCGCACCUGGUGCACGGCGUGCAGGAGCAGAGCUUCGUGGCGCACGUCAUGGCCUUCGCCGCCUGCCUCGAGCCCUACACCGACUGCGGCCUGCCGCCCUCGGCCUCCCCCACCGACGCCGCGCUCCCCGGCCCGGCCGGUGCGCCUCUGUCGCUGCCGCUGCUGGCAGGGGCGCUGCUGCUGGGGCUGCUGGCCGGUUGCCCUGCCCGAGGACCAGGCGGGCACCAUGCCAGAGGUGUCCCCCACAGGGCCACGACUCGACCAGACCCCGCAGCACACAAGUUUCUUGGCCUCAGUCUUCACAGCACAUUGGGGCCGAGGACUCGGGCAUGUCCGGGUGCCCGGAAAACUGUGGCUUCCUCUCAACCGGCAAGGGACCCUGCAAGGUGGCGGAGGAGACUGCUGGGGCCGGGUUGGGGUAUCAUCCACCAUGUGCACCUCCUGGGGCCCAGUACUAUUACACAGAGAGGAGACGCUGACACAGAAUGGAAAGACUUGUCCCGAGUCACUUAG